CCGCGGAGGGCGUGGCCUGGACGCGGAAGUCCCGGGCAAGCCCCGCCCACUCCCUCUGCAGGCAUGGCGUCGCUCUUCGGAGGCGUCGAAGGGGGAGGGACCCACUCCAAAGUGGUGCUUCUCUCCGAAAACGGGCGCAUCUUGGCCGAAGCGGAAGGUCCUUGCACCAACCAUUGGCUGGUGGGUUCGGACAAAUGCCUGGAGAGGAUCAACGCCAUGGUCAGCGAAGCCAAGGGGAAGGCGGGCGCCGACCCGGGGGUCCCCCUGCGCUCCCUGGGCCUGUCUCUGAGCGGAGGGGAGCAAGAGGAAGCCAUCCAAAGGUUGAUUGAAGAGAUGAAGGCCCGCUUUCCACACCUGAGCGAGGACUACUGCAUCACCACCGACGCCGUUGGAGCCAUGGCCACCGCCACCGACCGCGGCGGAGUGGUGCUCAUCUCCGGAACGGGCUCCAACUGCAAGCUGAUCAACCCGGACGGCUCGCAGGUCAGCUGCGGAGGAUGGGGCCACAUGAUGGGGGACGAGGGGUCAGCCUACUGGAUCUCCCACCUGGCGGUGAAGGUGGUGUUUGACGCCUUGGACAACCUGGAGGCCCCGCCCCACGACAUCACCUAUGUCCAGCAGGCCAUGUGCGACUACUUCCAGGUCUCUGGCCGGAUGGGGCUCCUGACGCACCUCUACCGCACCUUCGAGAAGUCCAAGUUCGCAGGGUUUUGCCGGAAAGUGGCUGCAGAGCCAUCUCUUCUUCUGUAGUCCCACCAAAAGUUCAGUUCUUCCUUUGGAGGUUGAAGUUCAAUCCUUCUAGAAAGAUUAUUGGAAAAAGAAGACGGGAAUUUACCUCCAAAGGAAUUCUGCAGGCUUCCUACCAUUAACCACUGGAUUUUUAAAACUGUUUGACAUACUACAAAUGGACACUUUAACUCAAAGACUUAAGAGAAGUCAAAGGAAAAACAGACUGGCUGGGCUUCAGAGAUUUUAUUCGGAAAGAUGGAUAUGACUUAACAAUAGACUUAUUUGAUAUGUGAAAUACAUUAAAAUAACAAGACUGUUAAUACCAGAGAAUGAAAACAGACAAGAUUUUAAGACCCUCAAGAGGACAAUGGGAAGUCAACCAAAAAUGUUUUUCUCUUCUAUUUUUAUUUCUAUUUUUAUAUUUAUACUAGCUGUGCCCGGCCACGCGUUGCUGUGGCAAAGUGGUGGUGGUAUUGGUUAAAAAUUGUUGUGUAAUUUUUAUAUGACGUUAUUUGUAUUUUUUAAAUUAAUUUUAUUGUAAGUUAUCUUUUUAUUUAUUAUAUUUUAUUAUUUUCUUGUAUUAUUUUUAGUUAUUUUCUGUUAUUAUAGUAUUAUAUUGUAUUAAUUUUUUAGCGUUUUAAAUUAUUUUUUAGUGUUUUUUAUUAUUUUUAUUGGGUUGCUAGGAGACCAAGUUGGAGGAGCUUAGCCUUCUAACUGGCAGCAAUUGGAUAAAAGCAAUUAUUCCUCUCUCUCUAAUUAGGACUUUAUUUUUCUUUUCUUUUUGUUGUAUCAACCUAGAGACAUGGAUGAUGGGUUGUGUUGUCAAAUUUCGAGGUUGGGGGGCCCUGUAGUUUUGUUGUUUUGUGGGUCGCUGUGAUGCCACCACUCUUUUAUAUAUAUAGAUUUUUACUUUUUUUUUUCUUUUAUGUUUUCUCUUCUUUUUUUUAACUUUUCUUUUCUUUUCUGUUUUUGCUCUUUACUUUCCCCCCACUAUUUGUUUUCCUCGCUUUCAGAUUAUAGAUAAAUUAUAGAUAAAAGCACAAUAAAAAUAUAAAUUUUUUUAAAAAGGAAUUCUACAGGCUUGAUUGUUGUGCAUGCACUGAAUCCACACUACCAUAUAAUCCAAAUCAGGUCCUCAAACAUUUAAAUCAGAGGGCCAGUCCACGGUCCCUCAGGUGUUGGGGGGCCGGAUUAUAGCUUGAAAAAAAAUUGUGGGUCUGCUUCUGGCCAGUGAGAUAGUCAAUUAGGAUUAUCAGAUUAUUAUAAAGAGAUGUCAAAUAAAUGCUGGAAGUGCGGAGAGCAAAUUGGGACCUUCUUCCACUGCUGGUGGUCCUGUAAUAAAAUUAAAAUGUUCUGGAAAGAAAUACACAUCAAAAUUCAGAAGAUGUUACAAAUUAGAAUAAAUAUGGACCCCAAAAUUAUGCUAUUGGGAAUGUUAGAUAUAAAAAAAGAUAAAAACAAAGAAGUUCUAUUUAAUUAUUUAAUUACCGCAGCAAGGAUGACCGUUGCCAAGUCUUGGAGAAAUAAAGAAAUUCCCGAAACGAAAUGCUGGAUUAAUAACAUCUUAGAAAUAAUGAAUAUGGACAAAUUGACGUAUCUGCUAGCAAACAAUCAAGGUCGUCCAAGAAAACAAACGGACUGGGAAAUGAUUAAAAAAUACUUAAAAGAGGGGGAAAAAAUGAAGAUUUUAAUUUGAGAUCUAAGAAAAUCAGAAUAUGUACAAAACCUCAUAAUAGGAGAAAAGGAAUGAUCUGGGUUAUCAGGAAGAAUUCAAGAACUUAGGAAAGGGGGAAAAGAUGAGACCAAAAGACACCAUGCAAUAGUUGGAAGUUUAUUUUAUACAUGGGGGGUUUUUUGGCUUUUUUUUUUUUUUUGGUCUAUUCAAUUUUUACCCCUCUCUGCUUCUUCUUCUUUUUUUCCCCUUUUUUUCUUCCCCUUCUAUUUUUUUUCUUUCCUUUUUUCCUUUUAUUUAUUUUUUCUUUUCUCUCAAUUCUGUAAUUUAUUUUAUUGUAUGUUUUUGUCUGUGUUUAUGUUGAAAGGAACACUAAUAAAAAUUUCUUUAUGAAAAGGA